GGCGCACGCAGCGACCGUCGCUUCCUCGCUGCUUCGCUCGCGGCUCGUCUCGCCCGAUCGCCCUCCCCUCCCGACCACUCGCCGUCCGCUGGGGUUGGGCCGACCGUCCGGCCGCCUCGUGCUCGUCGCCUCCUCCUCCUCCUCCUCCUCCAGUCUUCGUCGAUCGGCACCGGGGCUCUACUACGGCUCCGGAGAGAUAUAUUGUAAAAUGGAAGCACUACGUGAUAUGCACCUGCCACCAGGAUUUGGAUUCCAUCCUUCGGAUACCGAACUUAUUUCUCACUAUCUGAAAAGGAAAAUACAUGGCCAGAAAAUUGAAUAUGAUCUUAUACCAGAGGUGGAUAUAUACAAGCAUGAACCAUGGGAUUUACCUGCAAAGUGCAGUCUUCCAAUCAAGGAUAACAAGUGGCAUUUCUUUGCCUCACGUGACAGAAAGUACCCUACUGGUUCUAGGUCAAACAGGGCAACAAUCGCUGGUUAUUGGAAAUCGACUGGGAAGGACCGAGCCAUAAAGCUGAGCAAGCGGACUCUAGGAACAAAGAAGACUUUAGUUUUUCAUGAAGGUCGGCCACCUUCUGGAAGACGUACUGAGUGGAUUAUGCAUGAGUACUACAUAGAUGAGAAUGAAUGUCAAGCCAGCCCUGAUAUGAAGGAUGCCUUUGUUCUCUGUCGUGUUACUAAAAGAAAUGACUGGGCAUUAGAGAAUGGUAAUGAGGUGGGCAACAGGAAUCCUCAUCCGCAACAACAAAAUGAUACUGCUACAUCAGUUGUGAGUGCUGAAAAACAAGAAGAUGCUGCUGCAUCGGUUAUCUGCGCCGAAGAACAGAAUCAUGUUGCUACACCAGCUGUCAGUGCUGAACUAUCGAAUGAUGUUGCUAUGACAGCUAUCACUGCUUCUACUCUGAAUGGUGAUAAUGAACUGCAAGCGUGGCUGGAAGAACUGUUUGACCCUUCAUUUAACCCUGCAGUGGAUACUGGUCCUGCUGACCUGUCUCUGAAUGAACAGCAUGAUGAAUCAUCGAAUUUGCAGAACCCUGGUUCUAUGGCUCCGAAAAUGGAACCAGACCAUGCUAGCCCUAUCCAGAAUGGCACAGAUGAUACAGACUACCUAUUGCCUGAAGAUAUUCACAAUAUAUUGUAUCCUGGUACUGAUGACUUCAAUAAUGCUUUUGCUACUAACCAGGCGUACUACAUGAUGGGAAUGGAUCAUUUUACUUUUCCAAACAAUUUUGAGGAUGGAACUUGGAACGAAGAACUGCAUUUAUACCAGGAAAAUAACAAUCCAAACCUGUCAAAUGAAAAUGCUGAUAAUGGAAUUACAGUUCGAAGGCGUAAUUCAACAGCAUCUGCUGCUAACAUUUCACCAGCAACUCGCAAUAUUAAACUGCAGGUUGGAGUUAAAAGGAUGGUUACAAGUAACUCUGAAUCUAUCAACCAGACUAUCAAGUUCUCAGAUAACCAUGGCCGUCUUGAUCUCAUGACUAAUGUUGAGCACCAGAAGAAACAUGAUGCAAAUGAUGCCUCUUCUGUCAAGCAGUCUGAUGCAGCUAAGUCAAGUAAAGACCACAGCAAUCAAGGAUAUUUAAGGGGCAUAAAAAAUGCAUUCAGAUGUUCAUCAGCUGAAUUCAAGGUACUUGUCACUGUUUGCAUGAUUGGACUAGCUGCUGUAGUACUGCAUGGGCACUACCGCUCUGGAAUGAGCUUAUAACAGUGGAGCAGCAUCUUUAGUUUUAGCUGUGCAGGUCAGUGGCUUCGGGUCAAGGGAAUAUAGAUCACUUAUUUUUCAAUUUUUCCUCGACGAGAUGGGAUACCAGUAGGUUGCUUGGAAGGGGUAGUAGCACUAGCAUCUGCACAUCUUCAUCUUUGCAGUAGUUGCUCUGCUUGAUUUACUUACAUUGAACUGGAUGAGUAAUUGAGUUCCUCAGUCUAUGUCACUUUGGCGGCUGGCCUUCUGGAGAUACAUUGGUGCAGAACUUUGAUCCCAAUCCGUCUCCACCGGUUUUUUUAUGGUGCUGUACAUAUGAAGAUCCUUCUUUUUGAUCGACUAGCUACUACGAUGAUGCCUGUAAUAAACAAGGAAAAAAAGGAGAAAAAAAUGUAGCUUUGACCCUUACUGUGGUAUUCUUAGAUUUGUAAACCUAAACCAUUCUCCUACAUGACAUAGUGGAUGACUACAAUAUUAUUUUAGUAAACCUAAA